GCUUGCAUGAGCACAAUAUUUGCUCUCCAGCAACACAGCAAACCCCAAAUGUUUUCCUCAGGCCUCCACGUCAUCGUCCACCCCCCUCAACCCCCCCACCUCCACCGCUCCAUCCUUAAAACUGCCGCCAGUCCCGCUCUUUACUGUGUGAAACUGUGCUGAGUGUCGCAGCAGCCGGUAGCUCUCCUGAGCAGCGCAUCAGAGCCGACAUGAGGCUGGGACUCGCCGCCGUCUUGUGUUUCUUCAGCUUCGCGUCGCUGUCGGACUGCGCGCCUCCGACGUGCUACUCCAGAGCGGUGGAGCUGAGCAAAGAAGUGAUGGCUCUGCUGGAUAAAAUACACACGUACCACCGCACUAAAACGUGUGCCGAGAUCCUGCCUGCGAUCUUCCUUGACGUGCAUAACUCGUGCAUCACAACCAAGCUCCGUGACUUUCUCUACGUGGUGCUGAACCAUCCUAACCAGUACUGCAGAGAGCGUCCCAGAAUGGUGCUGCUGAAACGUAAAAUCCAGAACUUGUAUACCAUCAUCACCAGAAUGUGUUAUCGGGACCUGGUGUUUUUCACGGACGACUGUGAGGCCAUAGAUACCGGACACAGUAGCCCUUACUAUGCAGAGGACAGGCUUCAGCUGCUGCAAGAGGAGAGAUGAGCAGCACAGAGCAGAUGACGGAUGCACCUCGGUAUAUCACAUUCACAGAAACACACGCAGAAUCGGAAAAGCGCGCACAGUACGCCGCACUACAUUAGAUGCAUCACAAGCAAUGCGCACCGUCGUGCUGUUUCGUGUCGUACGAAGCUGGCUCUGUGUCGGCUGCAGACCCAUGUUAGUGGACAUGUGUGGCUGCAUUCCAGCCCGGAGUGCAGAACUUUCCACAGGAAAUUUUCUGAAUGCCAACCAUGCCGAAAAAACCUCAAAAUAAUAAACCAAUAAGAGAUGCUUGUGAGCCGAGCUUAACCGCUGUUUACUUACCAGGGCUGAUCAAAGCUUCGUGUGUCAUUAAGAGAAAUAUGUUGUGUUGCCAUAACCCUUGGCCUGACUAACAUGUCUUAAAGGAGCACUAUGCAGUAUUUUGUAAAACAUGGUGGUUGAAAAUGUUAUGUGAGAAAUAGAUGUCCCAGGCAUUGCUUUCUUGCACUUGGUUGUACAGUGCGUUCCUAUAGAGUUUACCCACAUAAAAAUAAGUUAGCCUUUACUUUGGGUUUUAUAUGAAGGAUGUGAGGACAAACGCUGCUGCUGCUUGUACUGAAGUUGAACAAAAUCCAUUUUUUUCAUAGUAAAAUGGAUAUAAAAUAAUGGAGCCAUAACUGUCAUAGAUGUAUUAGAAACACUGCUGUUGUAUGCAUUCUUUUUGACAAUCUAUAUAUGUCUCACAUUAUGUAAUAAAACUUCUCUUUAUGUA